AUAUAUAUCACCUAUGAGGAAAAAUUAGUUGACUAUGAAGCAGGAAAACAUUGAAUGAUAAAGAAGAGGUUGCUGAGCCUUUUUAAGAGAUAGAAGAUUUUAGUUUUUCCAAACUUUUCUUUGAAGAAGAAUGGUCGAUUAUAGCAAGUGGGAUCGGAUUGAGGUUAGUGACGAUGAGGAUGAAACUCAUCCUAAUAUUGAUACGCCAAGCUUGUUUCGAUGGAGGCAUCAAGCACGGGUUGAGAAAAUGGAAGAGUUGAAAAAUGAAAGGGAAAGUGUUAAUAAAGAAGUCAAAGUUUUUAAGAACAAAAUGAUUGAAGUCCAGGAAAAGCUGAAAGAAGCUGAAAAGAACAACAAACAAGAGGAUAUUUUUAAAUAUAAGAAAGAUCUUGAACAGAUUAAACAACAGGAAGAUCAUUUCCGGAAAAAAGAAUUGGAAAUUGCAAAGAAGGAAAAAUUACAACCUUGGAAUGUUGAUACUUUAAGCAAAGAUGGAUUUAGUAAAACUAUAAUUAACAAACCAAAAGUUGAAAAGGAAGAAGAAUUAUCAGAAGAUGAAAAAUGGAAAAGAUCCCAACAAUUUAUGGACAAAUACGAGAAAGAAAUAAAGAAACUGGGAAUGCUUCAUGAAUAUCAUGACUCAAAAGAAUAUUUGCUACAAAACCUUAACCUGGUUUGCGAAGAUACAGCAAAUUAUUUGACAUUGUGGUGUGUUAAUUUGGAGGUUGAGGAGAAACAUGACCUUAUGAAACGUGUCGCACACCAAACAAUUGUAAUGCAGUAUUUGCUAGAAUUGAUGAAAACAUUAGAAGCAAACCCACCCCAGACAGUUAGUGUCUUCUUUUCAAGAAUGGCAAAAGCAAAGACAGACUUCACCGAUUACAUUCAGGCAUUUGAGGAUGAGCUUGCUUCAUUUAUAAAAAGAGUGAAAGAUAGGGCUAAAGCAAGAAUUGAGAAAGCCAAAGCUGAAGUUGAAGAGGAAGAACGUUUAGAGCGUGAGCAAAGACUUGGUCCAGGUGGCCUUGAUCCUGUGGAAGUAUUUGAAUCAUUACCUAAGGAGUUACAAGAAUGUUUUGAAAAGAAAGAUAUACCAAUGCUGCAAAACGUGAUGAAAGAAUUACCAGAUGAGGUAGCAAGGUAUCAUUUAAAAAGAUGCAUAGAUUCUGGUCUUUGGGUUCCCGGAGGUUCUUCCGAUUCUGCCGAGGAAAAUUCCAAACCAACUUCAGAUGAAACAGAAGAGAUAGCAUGAGGAAUAACUCAUCAGGAUGAUGUCACACAUUAGCAUGUUUAAACAACCUAAGUAUCUGAGGGUAUAAUAACCUGAAAGUGUAAUGUGAUAGUAGUUGCCAUAUAAAUCAAUGGAACAGCAUAAUUGCAUGUGACAAAAUUCCAGUUAGAAUAGAACAUUUUAAUGUAAAAAAUAAUCAAUACAUGAAAGUUGAAAGAGAAACAAAUUGCAACUAAAGAAAACAAUCCCUUUUAGCUUUUUGUGACAUUAAAUGUUUAACUAAA